UUAUACAGGUUAAUAAUUGGGACUAUUUAAAGGAUAAAUGAGUAAUUAUUUACAAUAAUGGGUGGAUCAGAAAAGAAGUGUGAAGUGAAUGUGUGCCUCUGCGUGUGAGGCAGGUACAAACGUGGGGAGAUAGAUAUUUGGCUUAGGAAGACGCACAUGAGAAAAGUAGGAUGCAAAAGAACCUCUUGAAUUUAGAGCAGAUUACAUUAAACUUUGCAGGUUUGAGAGGGAUUCACGGGGUACUGACAAGAACUCUGGUCUAACUUCCAACGACUUUGGACCUCAUUUUUUCUGCCAUGAAGCAUCCCUGUGGUGAAGACAAGUCACCAACCUCCCAGGCAGUAGCAGAAUCCCAUGGUAGCCAGGUGGGUGAAGGGGAGCGAGGACGUCCCACCUGCCUUGAAGAAGACGCCUUCUGACCUGCUGAGUGAGUGACCAGGUGGUCCCAAGAGCCUGACGAUGGACGCCAUGCACAUCAACAUGUCCAGUGCUCCUCUGGUGAAGCACACUGCUGGAGCUGGACUCAAGACCAACAGGCCCCGAGUCAUGUCCAAGAGUGGACACAGCAACGUGAGAAUCGACAAGGUGGAUGGCAUCUACUUACUCUACCUUCAAGACUUGUGGACGACCGUGAUCGACAUGAAGUGGAGGUACAAGCUCACCCUCUUUGCAGCCACCUUUGUGAUGACCUGGUUCCUGUUUGGAGUAAUCUAUUAUGCCAUUGCAUUUAUUCACGGGGACUUAGAACCCAGUGAGCGUAUUUCAAAUCACACCCCCUGCAUCAUGAAAGUGGACUCUCUCACAGGCGCAUUUCUCUUUUCCCUGGAAUCCCAGACAACCAUUGGCUAUGGAGUUCGCUCCAUCACGGAGGAAUGUCCUCAUGCCAUUUUCCUGUUGGUCGCUCAGUUGGUCAUCACGACCUUGAUUGAGAUCUUCAUCACGGGCACCUUCCUGGCAAAAAUCGCCAGACCCAAAAAGCGGGCAGAGACCAUCAAGUUCAGCCACUGUGCUGUCAUCACCAAGCAGAACGGGAAGCUGUGCUUGGUGAUCCAGGUGGCCAACAUGAGGAAGAGUCUCCUGAUUCAGUGCCAGCUCUCCGGGAAGCUCCUCCAGACCCACGUCACCAAGGAGGGGGAGCGGAUCCUCCUGAACCAAGCCACCGUCAAAUUCCACGUGGACUCUUCUUCGGAGAGCCCCUUCCUCAUUUUGCCCAUGACCUUCUACCACGUGCUGGACGAGACGAGCCCCCUGAGAGAUCUCACACCGCAGAACCUGAAGGAGAAGGAGUUCGAACUGGUGGUCCUCCUGAACGCCACUGUGGAAUCCACCAGCGCCGUCUGCCAGAGCCGCACAUCAUACAUCCCAGAAGAGAUCUACUGGGGUUUUGAGUUUGUGCCUGUGGUUUCUCUCUCCAAAACCGGAAAGUAUGUGGCUGACUUCAGUCAGUUCGAACAGAUCCGGAAGAGCCCGGACUGCACCUUUUAUUGCGCAGAUGCUGAGAAGCAGAAACUUGAGGAGAAGUACAGGCAGGAGGACCAGAGGGAAAGAGAACUGAGGACCCUUUUGUUACAGCAGAGCAACGUCUGACGGCAGUGGUGUCACUGCUGUUUAACUCUGAGAGCUGUUUCCACAUCUGAGCUCACUCCAAAAGCAAAGGUCGCUGUGAAAGCAAAACUGUGUGGACGCACUCUCAAAAAACCUCACAGGCUACAAACUUGAUCUUUUCCUUUGAUCUGGUGGCUAAACAAGCAUUUCCAUGUUUGAGAGGCUUCCUUUUAAAUGCUUUGUCUGAAGCAAACUCUCAAAAUUCAGAUUUUCUAAAGUGGGGCUACAUUUCAAAGAACUUGGUGUAGAGCAAUUGAAAAAAUGUCCUGCUGGAUGGACAGACAUUUAAUGAUGCUGACAUUGAAAGGAACGGCAUUUCUAUACAAGGAUAGCAGGUGUUUGUUCAAUUCAAGUAUCAAAGAUAAUAUGGUCAAGAGUUAAAAUGUGGUUCAGUAUUCAUUAAUAUCAUCGCUCUAAAACACACUCCUUUUCUUGUCAAAGAAAAUGUUAUGUAUAAUGGUAGCUAUCCGGUAACACCUAAGAAGGGGCAGGAGGAAUCUGUACUCAUAAAAUGUUAUUAUUCCAUUUUCACCUCUCUUCAGUGGAUUUACUUGUAUGGAGUGAAAUUAAUCCUAUCAGGAAUUAACAAUUGUGAAAACACAUACAAAUGGAGCUGAUGCUAUUGUUCACACUAAUUUUUUUGUUGGAAUGUCGUAGCCACUUUCUAUUCGAAAUGUGGUCCACAGACCAGCAGCAUCAGUACCGGCUAGGAGGUUAUUAGUGAUGUAGAGUGUCAGGCCCCACCUGGACUUAGGGCAUAAGAGUCUGUCUCUUAACAAGACCCCCAAGUAGUUUGUGUACACAUGAAAGUUUGAAAAGCUCUGCUCCAGACGAUGUUUUCAAAGUAACUUUCUGAAGCCAUGGGGCUCUGUGGGGCCCCUGUCCAAAUGGCCUCCAGACCUGUCCUUCUCUCUUCAGUUCAUUAUUUUGGAUCAAUAGUCCUUUGAGCCACUCAUUCCUUAUCUGUUAAAAUGCUUUUGUCCACAAAGGAAGUGCCAUUGAAAUUCCAAGAGCAAAUGAAAACUCUUGAGAAUGACGUUUGUCUUACUUAUGCUAAGAACAUGGCUCUUGGUUAUAGUUUGCACAAGAGAAAAAUUGAGCUGCGCAACAAUCCAAGAAAUUUGCGCAGAUGCUGAAGUCUGUAAUGUUGGACGGGGCCAGGAGGAAGAGGAGGGGCUUGGGAUAAGGAAUUCACGAGCAGAGGACUCCUUGAAGCAGGAAUGAAGUUUGAUACUCUGGUAACAUGUAAAAAAUGCCCUCAGUAUUUAAAUAAAUCUCAUACAACUCAGUGUUACAGAGGGAACAUUGUGCUUCUGGCAGAAUUUGCGGGGCUGGUAUCCUGCGUUUCUGUGGGGGGCAGAGAAUAAUUGGGCUAGGAUUGGCUAAAGGUAGAAAGGUGAAUUCUCAUUUCAUUCAAACCAGGACAGAUUUGCAUAUUCACUCAGGAAGAUGCAUGGACAUAUGUGUGAGCCCACAUAUAUGCACACAUGUGCACACACACACUGCAUUUUCAGGUAUAAUUGUGGAAAUGAUCAGUGAAAGUCAUUUGCAAUUAAGAGAGCAAGUCCUUGGAGCUGGCCUCAUGGUGUCAUAGUUAAGUUCAGCACACUCCACUUGGCAACCCAAGGAAGAUUGGCACAGAUGUCAGCUUAGGGCUAAUCUUCCUCAACAGAAAGGAAAAAUAAAUAAAAGAGAGAGCAAGUCCUUGACAAAUAUGCUCAUGUGUAUUUGAUUCUAUAAGAAUGGGAAUUUGGGGACUCAGAGAAAAUGGGGAAGGUAAACUGGAUUCAGAUUAUCAGUGAAAUGGUGAUGUGGAUCACAGCAUACUGGUCAUAUCUUGGUGUCACCACAUUUUCAAAUGUCCUUCCAUUAAACAGAAAGUGUGGCUGAACAUCUAAUGCAAAUGUCCGAAUAAGGGAGGUAAAGUUGUAAAGGUUUAAGAAACAAUCUCAGUGCACAAGAGGCUUUUUGCCUUUAAUUAUUCAGGAAGUUUUUUUUUUUAUUCUUCUGUUAAUUUCAUGGCUAGUUGUUUUAGAUAUUAAUUCUCCCAAAAAAUUACAUUAGUAUAGUUAGAUAUUAGCUCUUUGAGUUGUACUAUGUGGUUUUUUUUUUACUGUAUAUUAUGGUAUAAUCAAUAGGAAAAUAAUGCCAUAGGCAUGUUUACAGUUUUUCUGUUGCACUAUUAAAUUCUUUUCACAGUAUUUACAUCAAUGCUAAUUUGAAUGUGAUCAAGAUUAGGAAGCUUGCAUACUUAUAUUGUAUACUGAACAAUCAUGUACAUCAGAUUGAGAUUGAGAAAUCUUUCUGUAUGUUCGUUUAGUAUAUCUAUUUCAGCCAAAUUUGGAAGACUUCAUCAUCUGAUCUUUUGCACUACACACAAAAUAAAUAUGACUUGCACAAGUCAAUAAAUCAUAUUAUAACAUAAUAUUUAAUACAUAGCUCUCAAGUUGCGUCUGGUUUGAAACUAGCAUUUUCCAGCCACACUUACUUAUUAUUCCUUUGUACAAAAUACUCUUUUGUUAGCAUGCUAACAAACGAUUCAGGGGCAAACUUAUUUGACUGUAUCUGGACAGUCUUCUGAUUGAAACAGAUUUCUGCUCAACAUCCAACUAAGAAGUAGUCAAACCGAUGGAGUGUUUUGACCCAAAAAGACUUUUGCAUUUUGAAACAUUUCCAAUGCAUCAACACUUCUCACUGAGACCAUUCAAAAAUGUUGUGUUCCAUUUGAGAAACCACAAAGUAAAUGGCAGCAAAUCAGAGUAAUCUGCAAGCCGUGUUGUAUUUCAGUAAUAAAAUAUAUUCUAUUUACAUAGUACCUAGUAGCCAAUGGCCCCAGACAGCAGAGCAAAGGCUCAUUCACUGAUUCUCAUAAUGAGCUGCCUUUGGGGUGGAGAUGGAGGCACACAUGGAUUCCCUUCCCGCUCACGGGGAAGUUACAGCAGAGAGACGAGACUCCAGAAAUCUAAAAUAACCGGUCAGAAGUGAAAAAUGCCAUGAAUGAGUAGACCGCAUAUUUAGGUGAAUUUAAACAACUGUUUUGUUUGAGUUUUCUUUGAAUUAAAUUUUGAAUUUUAA